AUGUUUAUUGCUGAACUGUCGCUCAAGCGCCUUGUACCCUCGGCUGGCAACUACAGCUGUUUGGAGGCAAAAUUUCUGCUGGACAGGAACCUGGGUUAUCAUCUUGUGCAGUCAUAUAUUCCCUCGUCUCUCAUCGUGGUCAUUUCUUGGGUGUCGUUUUGGCUGGACGUGGACGCCAUCCCGUCGCGGGUAACGUUGGGCGUCACUACGCUGCUCACCAUCUGCUCCGAGAGCUCCGGCACCCCGGACAAGAUGCCGCCAGUAUCCUAUAUGAAGGCGCUGGACAUCUGGAUGGGCGUGUGCACCGCCUUUAUCUUCACGGCGCUGCUGGAGUUCACGCUGGUGAACCAGCUGUCUCGUCCGCGGCGUCGCAUGGUAUGCUGGGUGAUGCACGUCAAGAAGGGCAUACCGGAGCGGCUGCUGCACACGCCCGACCUCUGCGAGGACUGGUGCAUUGUUAGGCAGCAGCUGAAGAAGAAGCGGGACGACCCGCCGGGCUGCGCGCUCGAGCUGGUGGAGGGUGCAGCAUCCGGCGUCCGGCCGCCGGCCGAGCUGGCGCCGGUCCGCCGCUGCUACUGCCAGCGACGCAUGUCGGCCGCCGGUUGCCUGGACAAGCUCAGCAGGCUCGGAUUCCCGCUCGCCUUCUGCGCGUUCGGACUGUUCUACUGGAUCCACUACAACAAGUAG